GCUGAGAGGACUGGCCAUUUGCUCUGUUGGAUUUGGAUCAAUAAUGGCUUCAUUGAAAGUAGCGGUCCGAGUUCGUCCAUUGAACAAAAGAGAAAAGCAGUUAUCAUCCAAGGUGAUAGUUCACAUGAAGGGAAACUCUACUUCUAUUUACAAGCCUUCACCUAAUCGAGGGGAUGAGUUGAAGGAAAAAGGCAAGACUUUCAUAUAUGAUUUCUCAUACGAUUCAUCCAACAGAGGAAGACCCACAUGUGUAUCCCAGGAAAAGAUCUUUCAUGACUUGGGGUCUGAUGUCCUGAAAGCUGCAUUUGAGGGUUUCAACGCCUGUGUGUUUGCCUAUGGCCAAACAGGCUCAGGAAAAUCCUACACCAUGAUGGGUCACGCAGACGAUAAAGGUUUAAUCCCACAGAUCUGUGAGGGCUUGUUCAGUGAGAUAUCUCAUCGAGCAAAGGUUGAUGCUGUGUCCUUCCGUACAGAGGUCAGUUAUUUGGAGAUCUAUAAUGAACGUGUGCAGGACCUUCUCAUCAAGAAAACUAUACCGACAUAUGGAGGCUUGAGAGUGAGAGAGCACCCCAGGGAUGGACCCUAUGUAGAGCAUCUGUCCAAGUGUUUGGUUCAAAACCCCAAUGAGAUGGAGGACCUGAUCAAUCUUGGAAAUGCCAACCGUACUACAGCCAGCACUGGCAUGAACGACGCGAGCAGCCGCUCUCACGGCAUCUUCACCAUCAGGUUCACCCAGGCAUGGUUUGAUGAGGAGGUGCCACGUGAGACGCUGAGUAAGAUCCACUUGGUGGACCUGGCAGGCAGCGAGAGAGCGGAUAGUGCGCGCACCACAGGCACCAGGUUGAAGGAAGGCGCCAACAUCAACAAAUCCCUGGUCAUCCUGGGCAGUGUGAUCUCCGCUCUGGCUGAACUUAAUGUGGGAGGUCAGUCGACAAAAAAGAAGAUCUUCAUUCCUUACAGAGACUCUGUGCUGACAUGGCUACUGAAAGACAGCCUGGGUGGAAACUCAGUGACUACUAUGAUCGCAACCAUCUCCCCCGCCGAUGUAAACUACCUGGAGACCCUGAGCACGUUGCGCUACGCUAGCCGAGCUAAAAACAUAGUGAACUCUCCCACGGUGAACGAAGACGAAAACGUGAAGGUGAUCAGAGAGCUGCGGGCAGAGGUUUCCAGACUCCGAGGGCUACUAGAAGAAGCCAAUCAGGUUUGCCAUGUGGAGCCAUGUUCCUCUGUGAAGGUAGAGGAGGAGCUGCUUCAGAAUGAGGCGAGGGUCCUACAACUGACCAAGGAGUGGACCAGCAAAUGGGGCGAGACUUAGAGUAUUUUGCAGGACGAGACUGUGGCUCUGUGGAAGAAAGGCAGUGGAGUGCUCCUGGACUGCCAGUUGCCUCAUCUCAUUGGCAUUGAUGAAGACAUGCUCUGCGACGGAAUCGUCCUGUAUUAUCUGAAAGAGGGCAGAACGCUGAUCGGGAGUGAUGAAGCCUCAUGCAGUCAGGGUAUUGUGCUUCAUGGUCCUGGGCUCCUCGGUGAACACUGUGUGUUGGAGAACCGCGCUGGGACGGUGACUCUGAUCCCGCGGGAUGGUGUGCUGUGUUCAGUCAAUGGCUCUGUGGUAACUGAGCCCUGCCAGCUGAAUCAGGGUGACAUCACCAAGCUAGGAAGUGGAACAUUACUCCGAUUUAACCAGCCGACUGAAGCAGCCCAGCUCAGAGAGAAAUGUCAGAGGGGGCUGCCGUCUGCCUUCAGCCUGCCCUUGACUGACAUGUCGAACUCUACAGAGACUCUGUCCGAGGCGAUGCUGCAAAACCCAGGUAGAAGGAUGGAAGAGAAGCUCAACCAGCAGGAGGUGGAAUGGCAGCAGGUCCAAGAAAACCUGAACAGACGCAACCGGGACAUCAAAAGACUUUCAAAGGAAAACAGUAGGGCUCCCCAUCAAUCGAGAGCAGAAAGCAAGGCAACAGGGGCAGAGAUGGAAGAGACUGGCAACGGCCAGAUGGAAACGCAGUCUGCAGAGACAGCCGCGUCCAAAGUGCCACACAGCUGUCUUACCUCAUCCACAAUAGAGAAGCUCAUGACUGCAGUCAUACCUGAAAAAAAUCCUGUCCCUCACACCAACAUUCAGAUGGAUGGAGAUGCACUACAGGAUGGGAUAAGCACCUGGGAUGGCCAGGAGCAGGAGAGGGACUUGUGUCAUAAAUCAGGGCCGGGGCUCAUGUCUGAGUGGCCACAGAGGAAAGCGAGAGAAGAGGUUUGGUCAGGGGAUGCCAGCCUCCAGCAGACAAGUGUUCUGGGCCCAGGUGAUGGAUGUGGCACAGAGCCAGAGGGGAAUGCUAACAAGAUCAAAGGCGCCGUGGCUGACUGCUACAAGGAGAGACCCGACUCUGGUGGGAGCUCAUUAAGCAGCAUGUCCCACCUGCAGAGCAGCAGAGGAACUCGCUCCACGUCUGUGCUCCCACAGAACAGCCCUCAUCCUCAGCUCGACAUAAAGCCUCUCUGCAGUCAGGCAGCCCACUGUCCACUUGAGGAAACUAUCUUCGAGGGCCAGUUUGACUGUGCAGAGAUGGAUGAAUCUGGAGGUUUGCAGGGGUUUUCAACUGGGGUAGGGACUGCAGCAGCCACGAUUCAACACUCAGGACUGGGCUCUUUGGUCAGCAGAGUAACUUGGUUGGUCCAGGGUGCAGGGCGUCUCCUGUGGAGCUCUCCCACAGUAUUGCAGCAGGUCAGGAAAGAGGGUGUACAGCAUGUUGGGGCCCGCUUGUCUAGUCAAGUUGUCUCUCUAGUCAGGGAGGGUCAAUAUAUGUCUUUAGUGAAGGAGAGCAAGGUCUUCUCUCUGGUAAAGGAUAGUCACAUUUUCUCCAUGGUGAAAGAUCUUUCUCUCACACAGCACAUUCACACAGAGUUGACUCGAUACCUUCAGCAUGAGGAAGAAGUAAAGAUAAGUCGGAGCUGCAUUAAUAGUGACGCAUUAAAAAAUGUAAGCAAGGUAGAAGAAAUGCCAAAUGACAUUAAGCUAAUUCCACAACAUACGUCGACAAGGAAUAACAGUAUAGAGGAUCUGCAGUUACCACAAGAGCAAGUCAAACCUGUUAUUCAUGUAAAACAAGGACACACACUAUCUACAGAGCUGUUACCAGUGAAACAUAUAAGUAACCCAGAGGUUACCGGUUCACCUGAAGAAGACGAUCAAGCAUUGGAGAACUCAAUAAAUGUCCACAACACAAACAACGUCCAAAUCUUUAGUCAGACGCUCAUCUCCACCUCAGUGCACAACUCCCAGAAGAUUUUAGCUCUCUAUUGGCUGAAUGUUGCCAAGUGCAGCCAACCCGAGCCUCGCCCCGCCCUCCUGGUCCUGGCAGAGACUGGCCUCUUCACCCUGACUGCUGACUCCGGGCACCUGGUUUUGUUCCAUCAGCUCCCGUUGUUGCAGCUGAAAGAGGUGCAGAUAGGCUUAGCAGGCCACAGUCUGCGUUUGAUGGGCUCCACAGAGGAGAGCAUCCUGGGUGUCUACACCCACAGCCAGCACCUUACCAAAGACCUGUGCUCGGCCAUACUUGGUGUUAUCUGCCCCGGGGAUAGCAGGGUGUCUCGGCACCCGCUGCUUCAUGGAGACUUGAUGAGGCUGUCGUUAGACUGGCAGGCAUCUGUGCCUGACCUGUUGCUGGACGCUGGAUUAAAGGUCUGCUGCCAGUUUCAGAAAAGUCUGGCUGAUCUGGUGUACUUUCUCCAUUGUAACAUGGAUGAAGGAACAGUAUCCCUAGGCGAAGUGCAGAUACUGCUGUACACGGGUGUAGGGGUGCGGAUCAGUCCCAGUAACUACACUGAGCCCCUGGCCCAGCUUUUACUGACUGACACCCACCUCGGCCUGGUGCAGGAGGAUGCUGUCUUUCACCCGACUCCACGCUCUGUCAGGACGGAGCCCUGCCGUCCCCAAUUCAAUGACUUAACUCUCCGUCAGUGCUCAGAUGUGCGCUGCGUGCUGGUGCAUGAUGAAGACGAGCGCGGUGCUGUCAGUCUGGAUGUAAUCUUGGCGAAUGUGAGGGGCAGGGGUCACCCUGAAAGCGUGACUAAGGCAGCUACCCCGUCUGCACACGCUUCAAAUUCAUCUCCGCAUACCGAAGUGUGGAAAUUAACUUUCAGUUGCUCCUCUGAGGCCGCUUUCCUGAUUAAGCACUUGUCAAAUGUCUGAUCAAGGACUGAACAGCCAGUAAUGAACAGCCCGGCAUGAAAACUCUCAAUCACAGGGAGCAAAAGUGCAUCCAAACCAGACAAUGCAGAGGACAGCUUCACUGCAAAAUGACAGUUAAGCUGUGAACUAUUUUGAAGUUUCCAUUUUGAUUUGUUUUUCUUAAAGUUUGUCAUUUUAAUAAUACAUGGCUUUUGCACUUUUAUCUUUCAACCCCUUGAAUUUCUUUGUUCUUGAUAGUUUUUGUUCUUUAACAAUUAGCCCCCUAUUAUUAUUUUUGUCAAAGGUUGUCAGUUUAAUGUGGGAUGAUAAAAAUAAUUAUUUUGACAUUCAGGAUUAAAAACCUGUUUGUCCUGGUUUUGUUUGUUUCACAGGUAUUGUAACAUCUUUAAAAAGGGAUUUUAGAAAAAUCCUACCAAAUACUCUCACUGCAAUGGUUACUUUAAACUGUAUGUAUAUGUCAAGAUGUUGCCAAUUUCAAAUAUUUUACAUACAAAUAAAGUAUUUUGUUUUAAAUAAAAGAAUGCUCAAUCCAA